AUGGAUCUUGACGAGGACGGCAACGUCGACUUCUAUGAAAUAGAAAAGGAUAAACCCACAACAUCCCCGCUUCCGGAAACACACACAACACAACCUACUCCUUCGACUUUUACUAAUAAACCUCCGGAGAAAAGAAAGAGAGAUAUUAAUGAGACAACCGAGGGUGAACCCAAGGCAAAACGCAAAGUCACAGCAGCUCAAGUAGCAAAAUGGCAAGCAGCACGAAAGAAGAAAAAAGAACUACAGCAAGCAGCAGAACAACAAGGAACAGUCAUAUCCAACGACGAGGUAAUUGCAUUUCUCAACGAGGGGGAAUCCGAGGAAAUGAAAACUCUCAUGCAACAAAUGGAGGAAAUAGCACGUCAGGUAGAGGCCAAAAAGAAACUAGCUGAGGAAAGCAAAGAACAACGGGCGGAGGAAGAAGAGAGGAGAAACGCCCAGAAAGAUAUUCCACCAACUAUGGAAUCCACUGACGACGAUAUUAAACAAAACAUGAACGAACACUUCAAUAACAGUUGCAACAACAACGACAAUCAAUCCCUCUGGACAUUCAUAUAUUGCGGUCCACCACCAAAAUUGAUUAAAGGAACACGUUUGAACUGUAUAAUAAUAGACCAUUACGAUUAUAAACCCCAUAUGGACAUGUGUAAACAUAGACUCAUGCGUCACAGGUGGUGA